GCUCACCAUGUCUGCAGCAGCUCAGUUCGUAAGGCAGGGGAAAAAGAUCGUUGCCAUUGGCAGAAACUACUCUGACCACAUCAAGGAGCUCAACAAUGCCAAGACGAAAGAACCUUUCUUCUUUCUCAAGCCUACGACGAGCUACCUCCCUACUGGGGGAAAGGUUGAGAUUCCACGCGGCAUCAUAGCACACCAUGAAGUUGAACUUGGCCUCGUAAUCGGGAAAGGCGGUCGGGACAUUUCCCAGGAUGCAGCCGAGUCUCACAUUGCGGGCUACGCUCUGGCCGUUGACAUGACCGCACGAAACAUGCAGGACGAGGUGAAGAAGAAAGGUCUGCCUUGGUCUGCUGUGAAAGGCUUUGAUACAUUCACUCCCAUUGGGUCUUUUAUCCCCAAGUCAGCCGUUUCGGAUGCUCAUGACCUCACACUCUCCCUGAAGAUCAAUGGUGCGAUCAAGCAGAAUGGUACGACUGGGGACAUGAUUUUCCGCAUCCCGCGACUUAUCGAACAUAUCUCUUCCAUCGUGACAUUGGAGGAGGGUGAUCUCAUCCUCACCGGAACUCCUUCCGGUGUUGGUCCUGUCAAUCCAGGUGACAGUAUUGAAUGCGUUCUUGCUGACCCGACUGGUAAAGUACUCGCCGAGCUGAAUUUCACAGCAGAGUCGAGGAGUGGAGGGUAUCAGUUCACGCCAUAACUAUCCUUUAACAUACACCAAACGAGACA